AUGACGACCAUGGAUCUCCGUGUCGGCAACAAAUACCGAAUCGGUCGAAAGAUCGGCUCUGGUUCGUUUGGCGACAUUUAUUUGGGUACCAACAUUAUCUCUGGGGAGGAAAUUGCCAUCAAGCUGGAAUCCGUCAAGGCAAAGCAUCCUCAGCUUGAAUACGAGGCACGCGUGUACAAGUCGUUGGCUGGUGGCGUGGGCAUCCCAUUCGUCCGAUGGUUCGGAACCGAAUGUGACUACAAUGCCAUGGUCCUCGAUCUUCUUGGACCCAGCUUGGAGGACUUGUUCAACUUUUGCAACCGCAAAUUCUCGCUGAAGACGGUGCUCCUUCUUGCCGACCAGCUUAUCUCUCGCAUCGAAUAUAUCCACGCCAAGAGUUUCAUCCAUCGGGACAUCAAGCCUGACAACUUCUUGAUGGGCAUCGGAAAGCGUGGAAACCAAGUCAACGUCAUUGACUUUGGUCUGGCCAAGAAGUACCGUGACCCAAAGACUCAUUUUCACAUUCCUUACCGUGAGAACAAAAACCUGACCGGUACCGCUCGCUACGCCUCAAUCAACACCCAUCUUGGCGUGGAGCAGUCUCGCAGAGAUGACAUGGAGUCUCUUGGCUACGUUAUGCUCUACUUCUGCCGUGGCUCUCUACCCUGGCAGGGAUUGAAGGCUGCUACCAAGAAGCAGAAGUAUGACCGCAUCAUGGAGAAGAAGAUGACAACACCCACCGAAGUCCUGUGCCGAGGCUUUCCCAACGAGUUCGCCAUCUACCUGAACUACACACGUUCUCUCCGUUUCGAUGACAAGCCAGACUACAGCUACUUGCGCAAGAUUUUCCGUGACCUCUUCGUCAGAGAAGGCUUCCAGUACGACUAUGUCUUUGACUGGACUGUGUACAAGUACCAGAAGAAUGCCCAGGCUAUUGCUCAGGCUGUUGGUCAGGCUGCCGACGAUGACGAGAAGGCACGCGCUUCGCGAGCAAACGCCACUGCAGCCACCCCGUCGGGUGCGGCCAAGCCCGGUGCCAUCCCCAGCUCUCGCCGCAAGAUGCUCGAGCGUGGAUCUGGUGCUGGCGUUGAUACUCCUGACACCAACCGCGCUAUCGGCGGAAGCGAUAGGAUGUGA